CUUCGCCAGAGCGUCGGUGGUCGCUACUCGCCUCUGCAGCUUUCUCUCUCGCGGGGAUUAGCGAGGAUCAGCGAGGAGCCGCGAUGAUGUCCUCCUACUUCCACCCCACCAAGGAGGCGGAGAUGGCGGCCAUGAGCGAGCCGCUGUGCCUGGAGAGAGAUGUGUGUCGCGUGAUCGAGCUGCUGGACCGACUGCAGAGGAGUGGAGAACUGCCUCCGCCCAAGCUCCAGGCGCUGCAGCGCGUCCUGCAGAGCAAGUUCUGCGCCGCCAUCCGAGAGGUGUACGAGCAGCUCUACGACACUCUUGACAUCGCGGGAGGACCAGAGGUCCGAGCUCAGGCUACCGCCAAGGCGACAGUGGCGGCCUUUGCCGCCAGCGAGGGUCACGCCCACCCACGGGUGGUGGAGCUGCCCAAGACCGAGGAGGGGCUGGGCUUCAACAUCAUGGGGGGCAAAGAGCAGAACUCCCCCAUCUACAUCUCCAGAGUGAUUCCAGGAGGCGUCGCCGACCGCCAGGGGGGGCUGAAGAGAGGGGACCAGCUGCUGUCCGUCAACGGAGUGAGCGUGGAGGGGGAGCACCACGAGAAGGCCGUGGAGCUGCUGAAGGCUGCUCAGGGCUCCGUCAAGCUGGUGGUGCGCUACACGCCCAAGGUCCUGGAGGAGAUGGAGGCUCGCUUCGAGAAGAUGAGGAGUGCUCGCCGGCGCCAGCAGCACACCAGCUACUCGUCUCUGGAGUCGCGAGGCUAGCGGCGCCACGCCAGUGCCCUGUUGGUCCAGCAGGAGGAGCCACGGCCACCAAACCAAAGUAGCCUCCAACACCUGUCACCUGAACUUCUGAAGGAAGCCGAACGCCCCGUCCUCCCGUGUUCCUUAGUCGAGUGCUGAAGAAGCUAGUUCUCUGACCCCGCCUGCCAGGGCGCCGUGACCUUAGUGUGUGUCUGUGUGUGUGUGCUCAGUGGCUUCUGCGGGGGGACCUCAACUGUCCAGAUGUGCCUCCUGACACGUGUGUGACCAUGUGAGGACCAGAGGAUGGACAGAUGUGAACGUGCCACUGUUGUUUAUUGCUGGUUUGUUGAUCCAGAAUAAAGGUCAAGACUGAAGGCUGAGAAGCUCCUCUGACCUCCAGCCACUAUACACACACACACACGUACAGGUGUAAGUGGACAUAGGGCCAUUGCGCAUACACACUCCACGGAUGUCAUGUGACUUCUGGUGAGGCGGUGACAUCUGUUGUGUUGCCAUGUUAUGUAGUUUGUCAUGUUAUGCGUCAUGUUAUGUAGUUUGUCAUGUUAUGCGUCAUGUUAUGUAGUUUGUCAUGUUAUUAAGUGUGUCAGGUUAUGUGUCAUGUUAUGAAGUGUGUCAUGUUAUGCGUCAUGUUAUGAAGUGUGUCAUGUUAUGAAGUGUGUCAUGUUAUGCGUCAUGUUAUGCGUCAUGUUAUGCGUCAUGUUAUGAAGUGUGUCAUGAUUUUUUUUUGUCAUGUUAUGCAUCAUGUUAUGACUUUUAUCAUGUUAUGUAGGUUGCCAUGUAAUUAUUGUUAUUUUUUGUCAUGUUAUGAUUUUUGUCAUGUUGUGUAGUUUCUUUUUUUUUUUUUUUGCUAUGUUAUGCACCAUGUAGUUUUUCAUAUUUUUUUUGCCAUGUUAUGACAUUUGCCAUGUUCAUCAUGUUAUGUCAUUUGGUAUUACAGAGAAUUUGACAUAAAACCAGUUAACUGCAUAAACAUGAUAAAUGACAUAACAUGACAACAUUACAGGCUACAUAACUACUUACUUCAAUCCAUUAUAAACAUGCGCAUGUUACUUGACUAUUAAAUGACUAAACCUUUAAUAUCACAAAGUAUAAACUAUGAUAUCAGGUGUUCUGACAUGAAGAAAUAUGACAUCACCACAACUGACUACACAUCAUGACAAAUACCUGAACAAAGCAUCACAAAUGACAUGAGAACACAACACAACAAACUGUGAGAGAACAUACACUCGAGCAGAGCCUCUGGUUGAGCCUUCUGCAGUAUUCUGUCAUCGUAUCCGAGGUGUCAUGACCCAGUCAGCACAAGUCGGUGUUUCUCCAGCGACACAAGGAGCGCAUGCGCACACACACAAACACACACACACACACACACAGCUGGGAUGACUGGACACGUUCAGGACAAUGGUGGCGAUGGUUUUAUUUGGCAUGAUUUCCCGAUGACCGCUCCGGGGUGAAGACUGUUCUCCUGGCUGAUCACGCAUUUCCGUGCCUCAGACCUUGGAGUUGAGCUGGCUCCUCCUGACGAGCGACUUGCUGAUCUCAGCCAGCGAGCGACAGCCUGUGCACACACGCCGUCAGAGCAGGAC